AGUGCUUCGCUCCUGCCUGCCUGCCUGUAUCCCUCUCCACUACAUACUGAUCUGCAAUUACCCUGUGUGUGUGUGUGUGUGUGUGUGUGUGUGUGUGAGAGAGAGAGAGAGAGCACGGGAGCACAUGUUUAUGCGUGGAUGUGUGUGUAUGUGUGUGUGUGUGAGUGAGUGUGUGACAGAGGGGAUGUGUGAGCGUGUGCAUGCGAGUGUGUGUGUGUGUGUGUGUUAAAGGCAGAUUUCUAAGCAGAGAGGAUUUCGUCGGCUCCUCUUUCCAUUCAUCGGCUCAAGCAGAAACCUGACCACCUGGACCGCUUGCCUGCCUGGAGCACAGUUUAGCGGAGGAAGCAUCGGCGGUCGGCAGAAUGAAAUGGUGUGUGUGUGUGUGUGUGGGUGUGGGUGGGUGAAGAGGGGGUAGAGGUGAGAUGAAAGGACCAGGUGAGGAGAGGUGUCGGGUGCCUCUCUCUCUCUCUCUCUCUCUCUCUCUCUGUCUCUCUCCCUCUGUCUUUCUCCUCUUUCUAUCCCUUUUCACACUCUCAUUCUCUCUGUACCUCUGCUUGUGCAACACCAGCAUCAGGAGCGUGGAAGGAGAACCUCUCUCUCGGACCUUCACUCCAUAGCAACCUCCUGGAGGCUGGGGUACGUUCCCAGUCCUGUCAGCUCUCAGCUUAUCUCCUGCCUCUGUUUCCAGCCACAUGGGCCGAAUCUGCACUCAUCUGAACUCACCUGGUCUCCAACGCUCCUCCUGUGAAGGCAAGGCAAAGAACUGUCAGUCAGAAGAUACUGGACAUUGAGUAGGAUGGAGACUCUGCCAACAUGGAGGCAGACCCAAAACGAUGCUUGGAAAUGAGGUAACCAGGUGUACCAAGACAAAUCUAUGGCAUUGUUCAAACGCUAAGCUAAAUAUCAAGCUUAAACUCCAUCAUCAUGCCAUUAUACUAAUAAUACAGACUUUGUUAAGCCCUCUACUUGGGCUUGUCUCAGGUAAAGGAGGAUGGGUGAUAGGCCCAUGAAUGUAAUUUUUGACCAAACUCCUCAUCCCAUCCUCACAUGGAUCCUUCUGCCUCCCUCCACACGCCGAGGAACCUCACAAGCCACGGUCAGCUCAAUAGUGGCUCGGUCAAUGGCUCAGGAGUGUCUCUAACCAAUGAUGGAACUCUCUUCCACAUGCUGGCCCUCUGCACCAUGGUCUUGAUGGACAUCCUGGCUGUGGUAGGCAACCUGACUAUAAUGGCAGUCAUUGCCAGGGCACCGCGCCUGCACAAGUUCAUCUUCGUCUUCCACCUGUGUCUGGUGGACCUCUUGGCUGCUCUAGUAUUAAUGCCUCUGGGGAUGUUGACAGAGCAGGCAUUCUUUAAUGAAACUGUGUGUCAGGCAUACCUGUGCUUGAGUGUUGGCCUUAUCAGUGCCACCAUCCUCACCAUCUCAGCCAUCAAUGUGGAGCGGUACUACUACAUUGUGCACCCGAUGCGCUAUGAGGUUAAAAUGACCAUUGGUCUGGUAGUUUCUGUUCUGGUCGGCAUAUGGAUCAAAGCAACACUCAUGGCUGCUCUUCCCUUGCUGGGAUGGACGCUGCAGAGGGAGGAGGAAGUGCAGACAAAUUUGGUGUUGGAACCUAGAUGCUGCUCUUUGCAUUCAAUGAACAGGGGGCCCCACCGCUUGGUUUUUAUGCUCCUCUUUGCACUCAUAUACUUCCUCUGCCCGGUAUUUAUCAUUCUUGUGGUUUACUGUAACAUGUUCAAGGUAGCCAGAGUAGCGGCUAUGCAACCAGGUCCUGUGCCUACAUGGGUGGAGACUCCACGGCCUCGUUCAGACUCUUUAAGCAGUCGGUCCAGCACAGCAGCAAGCCUUGCAACAACUCGCAACACACCGCAGAGGACAUUUGGUGGUGGGAAGGCAGCAGUUGUAUUGGUGGCUGUUGGGGGUCAGUUCCUAGGCUGCUGGCUCCCCUAUUUCUCUUUUCACCUCUACUCGGCCAUUGUCGCCUCCUCUCCUGCCUCACUGGCUCAAAUAGAAGAUGUGGUCACUUGGAUAGGUUACUUCUGCUUCACCUCCAAUCCCAUUUUCUAUGGCUGUCUGAACCGGCAGAUCCGUGAGGAGCUGGCGAGAAACGUGGCGUGCGUCUUUAAGUGGGGGCGGCCACGUGACGAGGACGAGCAGUUGCCCAGCAGAGAGGCUUCUAUCGAAGAGAACUUCCUCCAGUUCCUACAGGGCACCGGUUGUAGCCUGGGGCCCAGGAACUCACAAAGCAUCUCCGUCCCCCAGAAGGAUGAUGAGGACACUCUCUCUGCUCAUCGUAGGCCUUCAGUCGACUUCCACAUCCCUGGACAGAUCAUGGAAGAGACGUCAGAAUUCAUUGAUCAGCAGCAGCUGAAUGAUCUCAAUAUAACAGGCAACUGUUUCAAAACAAUGUCUGAGCUGCAGGGUUAAUAUUUACAGAAUAUUUAUGGAAUAUAUGUCUUUUAUUGUUAGAAUGAUUUGUUGUGCAUUCUUUUUGAUAACCUGCCUGAUACUUUGUAUUUGGAGAUAAGGCUAAUGUUUGGUUUUUAGGAUUCACUUUUAUUGAUGGAAUGCAUUCUGGUAGAACUCAGCUUAUAUACAACAGUUGCUCUGCGUGGGAUUGACAAGAAAUGAUCUCAUCACUGUAACUAGUUACUAAUCCUUUAUUUUUUCAGUCCACCAAUUAUGAGAAUAUGAGAGGUUGCCUGUUACAGGAACAAGCCAUUGCUUAAUUAGGCCCACUACUUGACGUUAGGAGUAUGAAUUGACCCACAUGACUAUCAAAGGUGGCUUGAUGUGUCCUUGUCUGUUACACUGUAAUGCAGGUUUACAGUUUCUACAUGUAUGAACAUGUGUAUAAACUAUGGUGUCCUACAAAGUCCCAGAUACUGAGGUUUAUGCAACUAUGGCAUACAUGCAACAUGAUCCAUAAUGUUUAUUUUUAA